CGGAGGUGAGUGUGUCUAAGAUGGCGGCCGGCGGCUGGUGUCUCUGUGAGUUCCUGAGGUUUCUGUUUUCGUUGAUCAUUCCUACACUUUUCGUAACUGCUGGCGUAUCCUUUAUCCUCGCUGCAAUUUUCUUGUAUAUUCGAUUCUGGAUCUGUCCAAAGAAGAAAUUACUCCAAACUCCAGGAAAAAAUGGCAAGACACAACUAGUAGUGGCAUUCUUUCACCCAUACUGUAAUGCUGGGGGUGGAGGAGAAAGGGUAUUAUGGUGCGCAAUAAGAGCUUUACAGAAGAGGUAUGAAGAAAUUAUAGUGGUAAUUUAUACUGGAGAUCAAGAUGCCACAGCUGAAGAAAUUCUGAAUGGAGCUUAUAGGCGCUUUAAUAUCAAACUUCUUCAACCUGUGCAGUUCAUUUUCCUUAAAAAACGACAUUUUGUUGAAGCUAAGUUUUAUCCAUAUUUUACUCUGCUAGGUCAAAGUCUGGGGUCUGUUUUCCUUGGAUGGGAGGCCCUAAUGAAAUGUGUUCCAGAUAUCUUUAUAGAUUCCAUGGGUUAUGCAUACGUACUUCCUCUGUUCAAGUAUUUGGGAGGCUGCCAAAUUGGCUGCUAUGUUCAUUACCCUACAAUUAGCACAGACAUGCUGUCUGUGGUGAGAGACAGGAAUCCAAGGUUUAACAAUGCAGAUUUUAUAUCAACAAAUCCUGUACUGAGCAAUCUCAAACUUGUAUACUAUUACAUCUUUGCUUUGAUGUAUGGAUUGGUUGGGUCUUGCAGUGACAUUGUAAUGGUAAAUUCUACAUGGACUCUGAAUCAUAUUCUUGCUCUUUGGAAAGCUGGUGAUCGAACCCAUGUUGUCUACCCACCCUGUGAUGUACAGACAUUCCUGGAUAUUCCAUUAGCUGAUGAUAGUAAAAAGGUGGAACAUUCCAUUGUUUCAAUUGGCCAGUUUCGGCCAGAGAAAGACCAUUCUCUACAAAUUAAAGCUUUCUAUCAGUUCCUUCAGAUGAAGUGUGCCCAGAACUCAGCUGUGAAAUUAAUAUUGAUUGGAGGUUGUCGUAAUACAGAUGAUGAAGAGCGAGUAGCUGGUCUAAAAGAAUUAUGCAAGAAGUUGGGAGUUAUGGAAAAUGUUGAGUUUAAGAUUAACAUUUCAUUUGAAGAACUUAAGAAACAUCUAGCUGAAGCCAUUAUUGGACUGCACACAAUGUGGAAUGAACAUUUUGGUAUAGGGGUGGUUGAAUGCAUGGCAGCAGGAACUGUCAUUCUGGCCCAUAAUUCGGGAGGCCCCAAGCUGGACAUAGUAGUACCACAUGAUGGAGUUCAGACAGGUUUCCUAGCAGACAGCGAAGAAAGUUAUGCAGAUGCUAUGAAUACUAUUCUAUCACUAUCUCCUGAAAAGAGGCUGGAGAUUAGGAAGAACGCUCGACAGGCUGUGAGCAGAUUCUCUGACCAGGAGUUUGAAAGAUCAUUUAUAUCUGCUGUGGAACUAUUUUUUAAUGAAAGAUAAUUUAUAAUUAUUGGACAUUGUAAAUAAAUGUAAAUAUUUUCCCUUCCUUUGGAGGAAGGGAGGAGGGCUAUAAGGUAUUUUAUGCUAUUAUUUGUGUAUAUUUGAAAGAUUUUAUAAUGCUGUACUGAACCUCUUCUAAAAGCUCAUAAAUCAAACCUGCUUUCUUUUUUUAAGUAGGGAAAAGAGAAAAUAGAUAUAAAAGCUUUUAGAGUGAUACAGAUAGACAAGUUGAAUGAGCUAACGUAACCUCCUGUAGUCCCAUCUGGCCAACAUCCUUCUAAACCCUUGUUAUUCACAUAUCCUUCCAAAUUCCUUUUAAUUAUUGUAAUUGUACCAGCCUCCAUCACUUCUGGCAGCUCAUUCCAUACAUGCACCACCCUCUGCAUGAAAGUGUUGUCCCUCAGGUCCCUUUUAUAUCUUCUCCGCUCACCUUAAACCUAUGCCCUCUAGGUUUGGACACUCUACCCUGGAAGAAAAAAAAAUCUUGGCUAUUCACUCUAUCCAUGCCCCUCAUGAUUUUACAAACCACUAUAAGGUUACCCUUCAGCCUCUACUGCUCCAGGUUUAAAAAAGCUCCAGUCUAUUCGGCCUUUCCCUAUACUGGAAGCCCUCCAAGCCUGGCAACAUUGUUGUAAUUUUUUGAUUUGGACCCUUUCAAGUUUAACACUAUGGCAGGGAAGUAAACACAGUAUUCUAGAAGUUACCUAAUUAAAGUCCUGUACAGUUGCAACAUGACUUCCUAACUCCUAUACACAAUGUACUGACCAGUGAAGGCAAGUGUGUCAAAUGCCACCUUCAUUACCCUGUGUACCUGUGACUUCACUGUCAAGGAACUAUGCACCUACAUCCCUCAGUCUCUGUUCAGCAAUACUUCCCAGAACCUUAUUGUUAAGUGUAUAAAUCCUGCCCUGAUUUGUUUUACCAAAAUGUAAAAUGUACAUUUGUCUAAAUUAAACUCUUGGUCCGUUGGCCCAUCUGAUCAAGAUCCCAUUGUAAUCUGAGAUAAUGUU